UCCCCUCUGCCCUCCCACCGAAAAAAAAAUAAAACCCCUUUCCUCCUACAUUUCCCUCGUCAAAACAAUGGCGGCCGUAGAAGGGAAAAAAAAGGAUAGGGAGUCUCGGCUUCAAGUAGCAAUAGCAAAUGAUGAUGUUAAUGCCGUCCAUAACUUAAUCGUGGAGGAGCCUGAGCUCUUAGAUCGUGUAUCUGAGGACCCCUUCCCAAAUACUCCUCUACAUCUUGCCGCAGCCGCUGGAAAAACCCAAGUGGCCAUGGAGAUGGCCAUCUUGAAGCCGUCGUUCGCUCGGAAGCUGAAUCCAGAAGGUUACAGCCCCAUGCACUUGGCUUUGCAACACAAGCAUUAUCACAGUGUGAGGGCAUUGAUGACCCUCGACCCCAAGUUGAUCCGAGUCCGAGGACGAUUCGGGAUCACCCCUUUGCAUUACGUCGCCGAGAAAGAAGGAAACAAUGAGCUGGAGCUCCUGGCCGAAUUCCUUUUCAUUUGCAAAUCAUCCAUCGAAGACUUGACGAGCCGAUGCGAGACUGCAGUUCACGUUGCCGUCAAGCAUCGCAACCUCGAAGCAUUCAAGGUUUUGUUUGGAUGGCUAAAGCGACUAAAUCUGACAGAAAUCUUGAAUUGGAAAGACGAAGAUGGUAACACAGUCUUAGACAUUGCUAUGUCCGAAGAGAUAACGGAGAUCAGCGACCUGUUGACUAGGUUCCAGAUCACCGACCGGAUGCUGGGGUAUGUCAAAUUAGUGAAAGCGAAGAACUUCCGGGGUGAGACGGCUCGGGAAAUCUCCCAAGGGAAUGCUAGUGGCGAUCAAGAGCUUGCGGAGGAGUCACGACCUCCUACUCUCGAUCCCUCUUUAUCACAGAUUUUAAGGAGUGAACCAACUUUUUUUGAGAAGUACGCAAUUUUCUUUGGCCUCCGAAAUGAAUCCGCUCGCGACAUUAUACUUUUAGUGGCUGCCUUAAUUGCGACUGCCACGUACCAAGCCGCUCUCACUCCUCCAGGAGGAUACUGGCAGGAUAACUCUUCAAAUCCCCCCGCCAAUUCCACUGUCGUUACUGCCAAUUCCAGCGGCACUGCUGUUGAAAAACCACAUAAAGCCGGGAACAUUAUCAUGAGCGGCGAGCAUCUAUACUUGUUCACGGCCCUCAAUAGUAUGGUUUUCUUGGUCUCCAUCUUCACAAUCUGGACCACCGCGAUGACCCUAUUGCCCCACACUUGGAUGGUUUACGGGUUAAUGGCCUUUAUCUGUUGUGCCUACUUCACAACCCUUACAAUCGAAUUCCCGAAUCCCAAUACGGUCGGAGGAUGGUUGCUAACGCUAUUUUAUGCUAUCUUGCUGUUAGUCGUGGUGGUGGUCCCCUUGCAAUUUUGGUUAAACCAAAUCACUCUACGGCGCCGAAUAGAUGCCACAUGUAGACGCGUCGGCAACUUCCAAGAAAUGAAGGAUCGGAAAUAGUUUGCAAGUAAUAUUAAGUAUUCUUCUCGCGUAUGCAAUGUAAUCUGUGUUUCUAGUCUUGAGGUUUGGAAGAACUAGAGUGUCUUAUUAGUUGCAUGUAAUGGACCCAUCUAUUUAUUCCUUGA